GGUUUUGGCGCAACGGGCGUAAUGGCAUCAAAAAGCAGUUCAAAGUAUCCUUCUUCUCCUCCUCCAAGGAGGUCCCUCUCCCCCGAUCAACCCAACCCUGCGGAGCCAAUCACCGAAGCACCAAGUCCUACGAUGGGCAGGAUAGGAUGGGCGCUGAGGACCCUACUUUUAUCACAAAAUACGUGCCUGAAGGACCGCAAGGUUUCCGGUCGAUUGGUAAGAAGAUGUGCACCAGGGACUGAAUUGGUCGACUGGCUGAUAGGACUCUCUGCGAGCAUUCACACGAGAGCCCAAGCUGCUGGGAUGUGGCAAGCAUUACUGGAAGAAGGCGUCAUAGCACAUGUUCACAAAGAGCAACCGUUCAAAGACAAAUGCUUCCUGUACCGUUUCUGGCAAGACGAAGAUUCGCAACAGCCGACUGCACUGCCUUCACUGGAAGAUGCCACCACUGCCGAAGAUCACAUCAGGGAAUCACUCGGACUGCUGAUACACAGAGGUCCUGAUGCGGUGCUCAGAAUGAUCAUGCGUAAACAGCCUCAUGAAAGGACCCUAGAUGAGCAAGAGACAAUCUACGAAGAACUUCUUCACAUACGAGCUGUAGCGCAUUUGUCAAAUACUGUGAAGAGAGAACUCGCUAGCAUUAUAGUUUUUGAAGCACAUCCCAAAUCUGGAUCUGUCUUGUUUCAUCAAGGAGAUGAAGGCAGGUCAUGGUACAUCAUCCUAAGAGGUUCUGUCGAUGUUGUGAUUCACGGUAAAGGUACCGUGAAUACUCUCCAUGAAGGUGACGACUUUGGAAAGCUAGCACUCAUCAAUGAUGCGCCGAGGGCAGCGACAAUAGUACUGCGAGAAAACAACUGUCACUUCCUUCGCGUAGACAAGGACAAUUUCAACAGGAUAUUGAGAGACGUAGAAGCAAAUACUGUGAGAUUGAAAGAACAUGGCAAGGAUGUGCUCAUUUUAGAGAAAAUUACAACCAACACGCGACAAGUUUUUUCUUCCCAUUUCAAAUAUACUGUGAUGGCGGGAACGCCGCAGAAAAUGCUAGAGCACCUGCUGGAAACACGACUAGACGGAAGAGGGGUAACGCCAGGAGGAGAAACAUUCAUAAUGAACACAGCUCAAGACCCGUUUCUGGAUAACUUUCUGCUCACACAUGUGGUGUUCCUACCUACUUACCAACUGGUCGAGCAGCUGGAGAGAUACUAUAGGAUAGACACAUGCAAACAAGAAGAUCGCGAGUUUGCUUUGGCCUGCAAGCGGCGUGUGGUUCAUUUUGUGUAUCGUUGGGUGUCCGCGGUACGACAUCCAGUUUUUGAAGACGAAGCCGCGGCGGAUUUCAUCGCAGAGCUCGCGGAUGAACUAGAGGAGGAUGUCAUGAGGUACGGCGCGCUAGAGGAGGAGGCGGCUAUGAUGCAUCAUGUCAUGACGCAGCUCAGAAGGUAUAAUGAAGACAGAAAAGCUCAUGAAGGUCAGAAGUGGAAACUGCCACCUCUGGGUCAGCCCAUCAGUUUAUUCAGCGCGGGUGCCAGUGACAUAAGUCGGACGAUAAUAAUGCCUCAUGAUGAUAUAAUAUUUCGAGUGUACUGCGCUGACCACACAUACUGCACCCUUCGGCUGCCCAUCAGUGCCCCUGCAGACCAAAUAAAGUAUGUGGCUGCUGAAAAACUGAAAAUCCCCACCGAAGACGAGCUGCUAUUGGUCGAGGUGAGGUCCAAUGGUGAAAGAGUCAUCUUCAAGGACAACGAUAUCAGCAUACCAACCACGCUCACGCUCAAUGGCAGAAUAUUCGUUUCGCCAAAGGACCAUCUUGACGCUUUGACAUGCCUUUCAGAACAGGAGGAAGCAACGCAAGGCGUGGGUGGAGAUAUAGAAAUGUUCAGCACCAAAGAGUUAGCCUACUACAUGACUCUUUUUGAUUGGGACUUAUUUUGGUGCGUCCAUGAAUACGAGUUACUGUUCCACACAUUUGGACGUCAUCAUUUCGGUCAAAUAACAGCCAACCUGGACGUAUUCCUACGCAGAUUCAACGAGAUCCAGUUUUGGGUGGUUACAGAGAUAGUCAUGACGCAGAGUCUCAGCCGCAGAGUCGGAGUGUUGAGAAAAUUCAUCAAACUGGCGACAUAUUGCAAGGAGUACCAGAACCUGAACGCAUUCUGUGCCAUAGUUAUGGGUCUGAGCAACGUUGCAGUUUCACGUCUGUCUAAUACUUGGGAAAAACUGCCGUCCAAGUUCCGAAAAUUAUUCACAGAAUUUGAAGCGCUCAUUGAUCCUAGUCGCAAUCAUAGAGCUUACAGGGUUAACGUGGGGAAACUACAACCGCCAGUGGUGCCGUUCAUGCCUUUGCUGCUGAAGGACAUGACCUUCACGCACGAGGGCAACAAAACAUGUCUCGACGGACUUGUUAACUUUGAGAAGAUGCACAUGCUCGCACAAACCAUGAGGACCAUUAGAUUUUGUAGAAGUAGGCAUUUAGUUUUAGAUCCUCCCAGUCCAAAAAGCGAACGUGAGGUAAAAUCCUACAUCUCCUGUCUCAGAACAAUUGACAAUCAACGAACGCUGAACGCAUUGUCUCAGAAACUGGAACCCAGAAGAACUUAAAUGAGAUAUCUGCGUCAGAAAAACGCACUGUUAGAAAAUUCCAAUCUAUCUUCAAAAAUUCUAGUCAUUUGGAAUCUCAUUUGAAACUCAAUUUGUAUAUAACGGUAGCAUGAGCGCCCGCAAUCCAGUUGGACCUUAUAAUGUGCAUAUUAAGCAUGUUUUUAUUGCUACCUCCCGUUCUUCAAACGUUUUCGGGGCAGCUUCACUUUCAUAAAACGCCGAUGAUCGCCCUCUCCUGAGAAAACUUCCUGCGGGCGCCCAACGCCUUUGGAAUCUUGGAAACUUCUGCCCAUCUUUAGAAUUUUCACCAUUUUUUUUUCCUUUUGGAAGCUUUGAAUUAGGUAGACAUUAUCGUGGAGGUUAUAAGAUCUAAUUCUUUAGAGAAAAUUAUCAUAUGCGAACAUUACCAACAGGGAGUGCAUGUCACUUCGUCGAAUACUAAAAGGUGUAUGUAUGUAUAGUAGACGACAACGCUUUUGUAUUCGUUUACAUUUUUUGCUGAUAGUCAUAAAACGACUAUAAAACCGAAAACCGGAGGCGUGAGGACAGUGCCCAACUAACAAUUAUCACUCCUAUUAGAGUUGCAAGAACGAUUAUACAGUCUUCCUUACACAGCACCGUAUGCUGUAAGAACAAUGGCAAAACGCUCUUAGAGCAGCUAUACAAGCGGAAUGGGCACACCUAAUAGGACACUUCAGUCAUUCAAGAGGUUGUAUAAGGGCUGCAGGUAACAGUUAUUCAACAAAAGUGUAAACCUCUUGCAGCCGCUAUAGAACAUUUGCGUCAGUACAAGAUUCAGUUUUUGUCAACUAUACAACUAUUCUGUUACAUGGUUCUACUUUAUUGCAAUCAAACUAUUUCUUAUGUAUUAUAUAGGCGAAGUGAAGCAUAUAUAACUAACACAUUGCAGUCAUCUUGUUUACUUACAUAUAUCGGCCAUUGUGAAUUUCAUACAUAGGUAUAUGAUAAACUUCUACACUGUGAUAUAGGGCUAUUGAAUUACUUGCGCAGCAAAUUUUUUUGAGAUUAUCGUGCAAAGUAGUUACGCAAUUUAUACGGGCUUCGUAUUUGAUUCAUAUUUUAAUUAUGAUCAAAAGUAUGUUUAGAUUUUUAAGAUGGAAAACUGAAAUUAUCUGCGUUAAAUCUUCCACAAAUCCUAUAUUUAGACACAAUUACAGAAGUGAAAAUAUAUUCCCAAGUAGGGCUCUGUUGCAUCGCGCUGAUUCGCCUGCGCGUGGAGCUCGGGAGGGGGGUGGAGGGGUUCAGGUCUUCAUAGCACAGUCACAUUAUGUGAACUUGUUGCUAUGACAAUAUCCAAACAAUGCGAUUUUUUAGAUUCGCUACAUUCAAACCAAUUGUAUAGAACUAUUAGGGCUUUUUAGGUUAUUGCACAUUGCUCAAAUGUAUGAUUUAUACAGAUGAACCAGAUGCCAUUAUUAUCUAUACGGUAUCAUAUAAUGACCGUACUAUAUGGCGGAUCUGUAACACAAGGAAGCAGAAAAAAUGUAAACGAAUACAAUAUCGUUGUCGUCUACUAUACAACACAACCUGCCAAAUUGGCACCCAUUUAUAUUUUAUUGGCAUUUCGCAAUAAUAUGACAUACACUAUUAAACGAGGAAAAAGGAAAGGAUAGGAAAACUAUUUUCUCAUAACGUCAAUAAUACAGAAUUGGUAUUAAGCAAAUAAAGUAGAAUUCAGAAUAUCGAGUAUUUUUAUUAUAAUUGUAUAUAUUCUUGAUUAAAUUCGAGACAUAAUAUUCGUUUAUCCACUCAUUACUCAUGUUGUGAAUGUAUUAAUUAAUUUUAAUAGAUGAAUUUAAAUAACAGAAAAUAUAAGCAAUAACGGAACAAUAUAGUUAUUUAAAAUACUUGACGCACCAUUUGCACGUAUUAUUAUAUUCUACUCAAACUGUCGACUAGAUUGCAUAGACAUAAACCAACCACGGUGAAAUUAUAUUUUUUAGAAAAUUUACGAAUAAGGUAUGUUCUUCAUCUUUCAGAAGCGGGACCUUACAGUGAAUUUUUUCUUACGUACUUUCGUCCUGCAAUUUCUGUUUACCCCUUUUAGAUUUAUUGGAUAGCAAAUAAGCCAAAAUUAUGCGACAAAAUGUAAAAUUCGACUUCAAAGGUUGGGACAAGAGUCAAAGUACCAGGUUAUCUAACAUGUUCUGCUUUUAAGUACAAUAAAUUGAUGUUCUUCCAGCUUUCGGAAAAAUCGGAAUUUGAUAUUAAACAAAAUUUAAAUUAUACUGUAUAUGUCCUGCCAUAUAUUUUAGUAGAGAUUUUACGUUUUCUUACAAGUAAGGCCAUAUAUAUGUAUCGUAGAGUCAGCGCAAAUUAUUCUGGAGCUCUAGUUUUCGAAGAAUACUCACUGUGAUUUUCGAUUAUCAAAUUACUUUAAUAGCACCCAUAAUAUACAUCUAUGUAAAUAUUAAGAAUAUUAUAAUAUUCAUUAUUGAGACAAUCACACCUAAUAUCGUUGUUCCAAAUAUAUGUGAAUCGUAGUUACGAAAUAUGUUUAUUUAUUUAUAUAAUAUGUGAUUAAAUAAUAUAUUAUUCUUCCCGAAAUGGUAUGUUUAAGUCAUCGUUUCUCAACCUGUGGAAUAUACACUCUGAGAAUAGAUUUAGCACAGACAGAACGACUGACUCGAUUGAGACUGACCAGAAUUGACGAGAUCACGGGAUGCAGCGUGUAUACACGUUCGCGCAUGUUCGAAAUAACUCGGAACUUCUCGCGAAGAGAGGCACUGAUUCUGGAUUUGCCAAUACAGCAGAUCGGCGUCGCCAAAUAUGUAUAAAUUUACUUAUUCUCGGUAAGUCUUAGGAUUUGUAAUUAAGGUUGUACUGCAAGCUUCGUCAAAAUACUCAAGGUACAUUACUAUUGUAUACACACAUUGUUAUUGUGUGAGGGGGAAGGGGGCGUGGUGCAAAAACAUUGGGUCGCGAAUGGUGAAAGGUUGAGAAACGCUGGUUUAAGGCAUACAUUUAGUUUACUGUAAGAUGUGUAACCAGUGGCGCCGCGGUGCUAGAUCAUAUACGGACGUCGGCGACAUCAGCUUCGUGAGACCGUUUCCAUUUCCCAGUCAAAAAAAUGUUAUACUUAAUAAAAUGAGCUAUACACUAUGUUAGUAUAUGCUCAUCGUGGUUUUAGCUUUGAGAAGCUUUUCUCAAUAGAAGCUGUACUGACUGGAACUGUCAACAUGAUUUUGAUUGUUAUGUAAACAUUUGGAUCUACUUCUUCCAAAUUAUUUUGUAAAACGUACUGGUUAAGUUGUCUUGCCUCAUUGAUGGAGUCUGGUGAACUAGAUUUUAAAAGCUGGAGUUAGUAAUAUAUCUCGAAGCCUUUCCAAAGUAAUGCACCUAAGUCAGUACAAUGCUUGCAAAUGUCUUCAUUUGAUAUAGAUUUCAAAAGCACAUAUUCUCUUUAAAUUAUGACAUUGAUUCGAGAUCACAGAGACUUGAAAUGAAAGGUAAUAUUGUUUCAAAUAGAGUUCUUACCAUCAAGGAAUGUAUAUCUCAGUUCAAAGUAAAGUUUGAUUUAAUAUUAACCUUUAAUUAAUCCUGUAUUGUUUUGUGGUUUCUGGUUAUGUUUGAGUUUGUUGGAUGUGGGAUGAUUUUCGAUUUGUGGCUUGAUUAGUGGAAAAACCAAAUGUUUGGUCAAACGAGGGCAGUCCACAAAAUAAAAGAACUGAAGUUUGCCGUUAGGCAGUACUCACAAAAGAUUAUCUCUUCUGAAAAAAUGUAUCUUUAAUAACUAUACAAUUAACCGCAGAAGGAUAAAGAAAUUUACCUUUACAGUCGCUGGUCAAAGACUUCUUAUCUAUUGGUUCAUUGAACUCAGUUCCUCUACAAUACUAAAAAGAAUCCAUUUAUCAAUUCCUCUGUUUAUGUUUAUCUCGACAAUGCUCGCCGACGUCGCCGACGCCUAGCCACUGGGUGUGUAUAGUGUGUUAAAUUAAAAAAAAAACGCAUAAAAAAUGAUUGGACGGAUAGCUGAAACAAUGGGCUGCAGUGUCAGUUAGCUUUUAGUAUCUAUGAAGGAAGUAAAGUUCCUUUAUCACAAUCUUGAAAGUAUCAAAAAUAUCACUAAGAGAACAGUAUUUCGAUAAAUACUGUAUGUAAUCUCAAGUACUACACAACUGGAACAUUAUAGAGACUAUGAAUGCCGACAAUAGCUCGAUAUUUUUUCAGUCUGAUUAAGCACAUAACACAUGUGAUAUGUGAUGCUCCUAGGUUGGGUAAUACUCGCGGUAACGUACGGUAUACUAUAGUUACAGUCAAAGCUGAAUAAGUGGAAAGCCAUUGAUAUGUGAUAUUUCCAGAAUAGAUCCCAUACCAUAUACCAUGCACAUUUUUGCAUUUCUUCCACAAUGUUCUUAUUAUUUCGAAACUACUAACAUUAUGUGUUCUAAACUUUUUAUGUAAAUUUUAUGACCAAACUUUUACGUAUAAUAAUUAUUGUGAAAUAUACAUGUGAUACUUAUCUAUGUUUAUGGUUUUGAAAAGAAAAAACGUAUAGUCAAGAGUUCACUGUGUAUAUUCGUACCAAUAAAUAUCUGGCUUAUCAUUUAUGAAAAAACCUCAAAAAGUAUCUGUUAAAAGUAACGUAUUUAAACUGUAGUGUUCGAAUAUUACUCAAGACUUGACUAUACGUUGAAUAUUUUACCUUCUUAGAAUUUUUUAGUCCAAUUGAUGAAUGAAACUUGAAAUAAUCUUUAUCAAAGAAUGCAAUCUAUGAAAAAACAAUUUUUGAUUUCUAAUAUUCUCGAACUAACUUCAAAUAUGUAGAAUAAUACACAGAAUAUUUUGCCUUAAUAACUGGCACAAAUCAGAGUUAAAAAUACAACUAAGAUAACUUUUAAUGGAAAAUAUUUACGUAUACGUAGCGAUAGUACCUUUUUAAUUUAUUUUAAACAUUAUAUAAUGUCAAUCGUUGGCAGAACUGUAAGGGAAACACUCCAAUGCAUGUAGUACUGUGUGAUCUCGAUUAGGUUGUAGAGAUCUUUUUACUGUCUACUAUUAUUGUAAAUACAUUCAACGUCAAGUUUUUAUUAUAUACUUUUAUCAUGUAAUAAAAAUAAUCAAUACCUAUAGACACA